CUACAAAUAAUCUUACCUGUUAUUGCGGUCGGCAGACGGCACAAAAAACGUUUUCAAAUUACAGUCAGCACGCAGGUGUGCGUGCUUCAACGGCUCGCGUUUGAACAUCCAUCAAAAGUGAUUCCAUAGAAACGAGCCCAAGAAAUGGAUAACAUCACUGGUAGCAUAGUAUCCUCACCAAGCAAACUGUUACCAAGGGCAUGCCACGAACGUAUAUCUUCUGAGAAUGAGAAAGACAAAUGUCAAGAGAAGUCUUUAGUGGAAUCAAGUCAUUUAGAGUUUGACGAAGUGGAUGGCCUACGAGGAAAGGCAAAUUUCAACUGGCUUGAUGUCGUUUGUAUCGUUGUUUCGAUAUGCAGCUAUGUCGCUGACCUUAUCACUGAUGGAUUUAUGGCAGCCACAUAUUUUAAUAUGGGGCAUUAUUGGUAUUUUGGAUUUACAUUGGCGUUUGUGGCCAUCCCUGCCUUUACCAUGUCUGGCUUGAGUACCAAGUGGUACAUCAAAGAUCAGAACAACCAAAAUUUUCCUCCAGUUUCAAAGUGCAUUUGGGCAUUUAGGAUUUUUUGCCUAAUCUUUUUCCUUUCUCCAGUUGCUAGGUAUGUUGAUACCCUUCGCUAUGGACUGCAAAGCCGAAGAGCAAAGAAAAGGAAAGACUACAGAAAGAUGGGCCAGUGCUAUGCCAGAAUGGCUUAUGAAGAUGCUGAUGCUACAUUCCUACGACUGUUUGAAUGUUUCAUGGAAUCUGCACCACAGCUUGUGUUACAGUUGUACAUAAUAGCAAAAACCAAACUCGAUUUUGGAACUGAUCCUUUAGCAGUGACUUUCCAGGCUGCCUCUGUUGUCACCUCAGUUAUUAGCCUCGCAUGGGCAUUAACAACCUAUAACAGAUCGCUCCGUUUCGCUCAAGUAGAUAAGGAAAACAUUCAUUUACUUGGUACCUGCAUUCUCUUCUUUGCUCACCUUUUCGGGAUCAUUGCUCGCGUCAUCGCCCUUAGCUUCUUUGCCUCCGAAUAUGGAUGGUUCGUUUGGGCUGUUUGCCUUGGCCAUUGGAUCUUAAUGGCCAUUUGGCUAUGGUUACAACGAACGGCCGCGUGUUCAACCCGUACAGAAGAAUUUUUCUUUUGCCUUAUUUUGGCCAUUAUACAUGUUUUCACGUUCUUCAACGUUAAACCCGAUCGAACAAGAUUCCGCUAUGCCUUCUAUUAUAUCGUUUGUUUCUUUGAGAAUACCACCCUUAUGGUACUAUGGUGGCUAAAGGUGGCUGAUUACGGUCCAACCCGUCCGUGGUUUCAUUAUCCGGCGCUUGUCGGACAGUUUGGAUCUUUUGCUUUGAGUAUCGCACUGCUUGGCUUCUAUUAUAAGAGUCUCCAUCCCAACUUGUUACUGCCAAACGUUGGCAUCUGUAGUAAAAAUGGGACCACUUUGUGCUUAAGUGAUGUUCAACCUCCUAUUGUCAAUGGCGUUCCUUCUCCUCGUACUAGUCCCGCUCGAAUGGGCCGACUUGACAUUAUUCAACAGGAAGCCCAACCUGAAGUGUAGAAUCUCUGCUCUCUUCCUCAACGAGAUAUUCUUGUGAACCAAAAUGUAACACUUUCCUAUGGCUUGACAAACGAUAUGUAUAUAUUCAACUAUGUAAGUCAGGAAUUGAUCUUGAUCUGCACUUUGCCAUUCUUUCUGCUUAUUGUUUUGUGAUAAGUCAGCGCACUUUACGCACAAUUUCCUAUUCAAAAUACACAUUCUUUUU